AUGAAUUUCUUUUCGCGCGGCUGCGGGGCGCUGCUGCGUGAACUUCGUGGGCUGCCGCCUUUUUCUUCCUUCCCUUCCCCUGCCCUCACUCUCUGCGCCGCACCCCACCGCGCCUCCCAUUUCUCUCUCUGUUUCUUCCUCUUCGCUGCCCCGCAGCCCACUGGCUCUGCUGCGACGCUACUGCCACCACCACCACUGUUUUUACUGAUGACGCUGACGGUGCGGCGACGCCGUGCGGUGUGCGCCCUGGCGCUCCUCGCGCUGCUCUGCGGCUGCUGCUGCGCCUCGUUUGUCUGCGGGGCGACGAAUGCUGCGGCGUCUAAAAAAGAGGUAAAUGUGUCGCUGGAGGUUUCGUGCCCGAACAGUGAAAAGAAGUUAAGUUGGCGGGUGGUUGGUGCGACAAGUUGGACGCAGUGCACAGCCCCACUGGAAUCUCCCCGCAUUGCGGCAGUUCCUGCGGCUGAUGUGGCUGCAGGUGACAGUGACGUCGUCUGCCUCAUUGCCGAAUCGUUCUACUUCGGCACCGGGUGCGACAAGCCCUGCGCAGGACGCACAACGCCGGGCGAUGUUGCUGCGCUUAAGAUGCUUUUCGAGACGACGGAAAACGGUGCACUCCACACGAAGUGGAAGGCUGCAAACCCCUCCACUGGCGCCGCGUCCCUUCCUACUGUGGAGGGCGGCCAAAAUGGCAUUCCUGGGGUUUGCACGCUGCAACCCCCCAGCGCAAGGACAAAUGGGGAAGGUGCGUCUGCUGCACAGCCCCAAGAAGUGCCAGCUGCAGGGCGGACACAGCAGCCACGACACACAGCCGACACUGCGGGCCCGGCCAUAGGCCCAACAGCCGCCCAACCGAGGGGGACCGGAGAGGCACAGACACCCCCAACUUCUGCGGGAGCUUCCGACGCGUCCGCUGCCGCCCCGGCCGCCACCGCCGCGGAGGGAGCCACGACGACCACCACCCGCAGCCCGAGUGCCGGGAGCCACGCGGACAUGAGUGUCGCCAUCGCCGCUGCGUGGGUGCGGGCACCUUUGCUGCUGCUGCUACUCGCCUCUGCUGCUGGGUGUUUCUGA